AUGACUGAAAAGACCCUUACAUAUUCGAAUUCAUUUUUUCCGCAACUGUUCAUACGAGAUCAUGGUUUUACCGCAAUAAAAAAGGCUUUGACAAAAUUGACGUUUCAUUCAUUCCAAAGCUUAGAAGUUUUUGAAUGCUGUUUACAAAUUUUGAGCAUCGCUACCUCAUAUACGAUUUUACGUUCAUGGCUGUUGACAAGAAAACAUAUAGAUACUUGGAUUGAGUUAGCUGUCCAAAGACUACUUUUAUCUUACGAAGAAAGUAUUGAAGGGCCUGCUAUAUCUGCUUUGAGUUCCGAUUCUUCCACAAAUGAGCUAAAACGAUUAGAUAUUUCUAAUGGGUCGGACAAAAGCAGUUUGACAGCUAGUUCAAGAGAUGAUGACUUUAAUUCCCCAGAUUCCAGUGUAAAAAACCCUUCCACUACUUACCUAAAGUGCAGACUUAUGCUGACAAUAUUAGCAUUUUCUGUGAAUGACAGUAACCUUUCAUCAGAGAAAGGUACUUCGUUUUUUACUUGCAAAUCAAACUAUUCGUCGUCCGAACUUAUAAAUUCAGUAGAAUUGUGCCUCCAAAAUGCCGCAGAAAAGUAUCUGGCUUUUGCGGAUGUUUUACCCCAAGUAAUUCUCUUAUGCCCCUCGAUAUCCAUUCUAAACUUGCUUUUACAUCAUCUGCAGAAAUUGGUCAAAUCCUCUCCGGAAAAUGCUAUUAAAAUAUCUUCCUCAAAAGUAAUGGAUUAUCUCUUGAUUUAUUUAUUUGAUCCUCCAAACAAUUAUACUAUUACUGAACCUUUGAAGGACUUGCUUUAUGAUAUUACAUUGAAUUGUGCGAGUUAUGGGCUGUCAAACAAUAAUACUGCAAAGAUCCUAAAUAUUUAUAUCAAUGGAAAGUCUCCUUUAGCACGAUACUGGCUCGCCGAAGCUUUGUCAAAGCCAGUAUCUCCGGCUCUUUAUUUCAACCCUCUUGUCAAAGGUUACUCCUCCAUUGAUUUCACUUUAAGCACCCCCGUAACUCCUGACAAUGGAUAUUCGAUUUCUUUAUGGUUACACUCUGGAUGCUUGAUGGAAACUCUUAAUAUAAAUAAGAAGUUUGUUCCAACGACAAUAUUUUUGGUCACCGAUUUUUUGAAAUCUCCUUUGCUUCGUGUAAUGGUUGAUCCAUCUACAAAUUCAAUCAGCGUCCAUUUCGGUUCAUAUGCCACAAGCAAAGACGCUUGUAUUAUCAAUUACUGUACUCCUUUGACGAGAUCUUUUUCAAAAAUUUUUAACAGUGUUAAAACACCUACUUGGCGUUUGAUAACUCUCGUUCAUAGAAACGAAAAGUUGUCUUCUAUGCUUGAUUUGUACAUUGAUGGAACAUUUGUUGAACGUGCGCCCUGUUCAUAUCCUUUCAUUCAAUCUUUACUUCAACCACUUUAUAUUUCUCUAGGUCCUUCUAUGGGUUCCAAAGGCUUAUUUCAAACGUCUGCAGAUAACAAUCAGCGGAAAGGUGGUUCUCUAAAAAGUGAUAUAUCUGAAAAGAACAGGGAGACGAAUGAUUCGUCUGCUAAUUUAUUACCAUUAAUGAUCGGAACGACUAGAUUUUUCACGGAACCAUUACUUUCUUCUCAGAUUGCUAUUAUAUACGGUUUGGGCCCCAAUUAUACUGGUUCUUUUCAAGGUUCCAUAAAUGAGUUUUUAACCUAUAAAGCAUCUGCCGAAUUAAGUUUAGAAGUCCAAGCAUCGAAUUUGAAUGCAGAAGAUGUUCUGAGAAAUAUUAAAAGUAUCUCGUCUUCUUCCAUAGCUUUCACCGCUUGUGCUAAAAACUAUAUCAAUAUAAGUGACCCACGGUUAUCUGACUUCAGUUCAUUUAGCGUUUUGGAUACACUGAAGAACUUGCAAGAUCAGUUUUACUCCUAUGUGUAUAUAAACAGAGCAGUUCCAUCAUAUAACCAAAUCUUUUCGAUAGAUCAGCCUAGUUUUGGAGUUUCAUCAGGUUCUGUUACUCCUGUCGUUAUGCCAUCUUUCAGCGAUGCUCUAUAUAACGUUGGUGGUUCUAGUAUACUAUUGAAGCUAGUUUCCAUAGCUGAAACAGAGGACGAGCUCAAUUUUGGGUUGUUGUUUUUUCUUUCAGCGAUCGAAGACAAUUGGCGCUUUUCGGAACAAGUUGAACAAGGUCAUUCUUUCGAAAUUUUAGCUAAACUCCUUCGUUCAAAGUCACAUCUAUUAAUUUCCGAGGAAACACUCCGAUCAAUUUCGUCCAAAGCCGGUAUUCAUCAUGAACGUUUUAAACAUCCCUUCAUUAUUAAUCCCCUUCUCUUUCGUUAUCUCAUGCUUGAUUUUGACCUUUGGUCUAAAGCAAAAAAUAAUCAUUUAGUGAUUCAGCAACUUGGCUAUAUUGUUUCACUCAUUGAGAACAAUGAGUAUUCCGCUUUGAAUAUAAAACGGUUAAUGAGGAUGCAAGUUUUAAAAAAGUUGCUUGCUGCAAUGAGAGGUCGAUUAUUUCGUUUGGAUGUUCUUCCCCUUCUAAAAGUUGUUCUGAAAAUUCUAUUAACUGCUUCUUUUGUUUCAGAUAAUGUUCGAACGAUUGUAACGUACAUCAUAUAUGCAGCUUUUGCUACGAAAAGAAGUUCUCGAACAAACCGACUUUCAAACGCUUCUCCAAACUUUAAAAGACCUGAGGAGGUAGGUGAGUAUUUGGAUAUAAAGGAAUCGGGCCAUGCGGUUUGUGAGGUUUUUGUAAAUCUUUUAAUUGAGAGUGAUCAAGAACCAUCUUUUCUUCGGCGUUUCUCUUCUAUGAUUACUCCAGCAUGGUUACUAUUUCUUAUAAGGCAACCUGAUAGUCAUUAUUUUUUAUUUGGUUUAAGAUUGCUAAAUCAGUCCGUGUGUAGUUUGGGCUCCAGCUUUAUUUCAAAAUUCUCACAGAAAUUUCACGGAUUUUUAAUUUUGAAAAGUAGCUUGCCUAACCAAAUUCAUAUCGAAGAGGUGUGGUUGAACUUAAUCCUUUUAGCAUUAGGUCUUGGUGUUCGGGGAAUUGAAUUCAAAAGUGAUUGCACAUUUGAAGAAAAGCUUAAUUUCAUGCUCUUGAAUUACAAAGAUCGAAUUUUUCCUAUUUCAGAGAUGAUAGUGAUAUUACUGGAUUCUGUUUAUAUGGUGCUAAAGAAGUUAAGUCUUUCUGAAGCGGAUGUGCAAAUGAACGAAUCUUUGUAUUACGCUCAGCAAACAUUACUUCUCUUGACUGAUGCUCAGAUUUCUUAUUCUCUUAAUAUAAGUCUAAACUUUGAUUUGAAUGAACACAUAAUUCGAAUGGUGUUUCCUUUUUUCUCUCCUAAAGAAGAUAUAGUUCCAGAACAAGAAAUUCGUGAAUUGAUGGAGCAUGUUCGUCACCCACUGCCUCGUAGCUCAUCUUCGAAAGCGUUCAGUCAGGGCAUAAGAAGAUCAGUUAGGAAAAUGUCAGUAAGUGGAUCUAACAGACGGGUAGUAACCCCUUUAACCAAUCGUGUCCGCCAGGAACUGUUAAAUGAACAGCUACAAAAAAGUAAUCUACAGCCUAGUUUGUCACCAAAAUUCGAUACUACUGCGUUCUUCGAAAAUACUGUUAUAGAUGGAUCUAACUCAAAGAAACUGAUUAAUGGUCUUUUUAUUUCCUUUUUGACUAACGCUUAUGAUCGAAUCGUCGCGGGUCAGGGGUUAAGCCUCUCCAAGUUAAUAGUUUCUUUGCCCUCUAGUACAAAAGCGAAAAAAUCUUCAUUCGUUCGGGUUGUUUUUCAUUUGAUCCUUCAACAGCUCAUUGAGUCAGUAAAGGACGAUAAGAUGUUUUUAACGAAUCCCCAUGUGUUAAUUAAUUUCAGCUACAUGUUUACAAAGUACUUAAGGUUAAGACUUGUUGGUUUUAUUGAAGAAUCCUGUUUAAGCACUAUUGAUGAAAUUGGGUAUUUGCUUGAAAAACUUGAUUCUAUAGAGAACCAUUUGGAGUUUUUCCCUAAAAACGCAAAGUAUACUAUUAGUAAUUUAUACGGGUGCUUUUUAAGGUUGAUUCUAUUAGAGCUUGCUCGAACGAAAGAAAGGAAUGAUGGAGCUGCCAUGGAGCAUGUUAUGAAGAAAAUACUCUACUGGCAAACACCUUUACUUGUAUCUAAAAGUUAUCAACCAGAACUUUUCCCAUUUCUUUGGUACAGUAUGUAUAUAGUACUAAAAUUCGGCAACGCAAGGGCACGUUUAAGCGCUGUCGACGUUUGGCGUUUGCUAUAUAUCCAAUCUCCAUACUUUUUAGAUCAAGUGAACAAAAGUUUCAGAACCGAAUUCUCGUUUAGUCAAAAUGUGCAAACCAUUACAGGAUUACAGUCUGACCAGUUUCUUUCUUGGCUACAAGAAAAUACGGCUGAAGCCGAUAAAUUUAUGCAAACGUGCUUCUCUUUUCAUUGGGAAGAUUUUAUAAAGCAAGAACAUAAGGCUGCUGAAGACGAACUGUCAUCUUUAAAAUUAACACGAUUAGAAUUUUUGAAGAAAAGUUUGACAAUAGCUUCCAGCGAACAAAAUCUCAUUAAUGAAAUGUCGCAUUCUUAUGAGGCUUGGAUUUCAAGUCUGUAUUCGUUGGAAUGCACCCGAUUUCGGAAGCUAUUCCAGGAUCAAUCAGAUCAAGAGAACUUUGUAAUGUCAGCUGUAUUUUAUAGUCAGAGUGAAUUGGCGGGUGAAAACUCGAUUCUUUCUUCAAGUCCCGAUUUAUGGGAACUGGAUUCUACUGAAGGAUCAGAAAGGAUGAGGAAUCGUUUGAGACCAUGUAUCCUUCCUCCAAAAGAAAUGAAUCCAAAACAGGAAUUAGAACGACAAACGUCGUCAACUGCAGGAAAUCGGAGCUUUGAUUCUUCUGUGAGCUCUGAAAUUCCCCUUCGCACACAAGUGAAAGAGGAUAUUACGCUAAUGGUUCCAUUUAAUGAAGAUACUUUACAUGAUUCGGAGGCUGAUACUACUAAUGAACCAACCUUUGGUAAGGAUGAUGAAGACAAUGAGGAUGAAGAGGAUAAAGAAGAUAAAAAUAGAACCGUUAUGCGCUCCAUUGUUCCGGGAGAUACUAUACAAGACGCAUAUAAUGUUUCUAGGAUUUUUGGUUUAGAAGCUAUGGAAGGUAUUUUGCUAUUAGGAAAACAAUAUCUUUAUUUGAUGGAUAAUUUUUUCUUGCGAUCAGAUAAUGAAAUCGUCGAUAUAAACGAUAGCAGCGUGACUGAUGAAAAAGAUCCGUACCUACAGCUUCUUAAUAUGCAAUCAAUAAACUCUUCGAGGAAUACGCUUCCUACUGUUUCUAGAGAAAAUAGCUGGUAUUGGAAUUUUUCUGACUUAUCUUUAGUGCUCAAACGCUUUUACUUGUUACGAGAUGUAGGAAUUGAGCUUUUUUUUAAGGAUGGGAGAAGUUUUUUGACUAUACUUUCUACAGCUAAGAGCCGAGAUGCACUUUAUCAAAAGCUAAUAGCAAAGGCCCAUGGUGCGGAUGUUCUUUCAACUAGUCAUUUGGCUACAUCGAUGAGUCGUGAUCUUGGAAAAGCUACUAACAAAACGAGCUUUAUUGGGUCAAGGCUAGCAAAUGUUCUAUCUUUUAACAGUGGACAUCCGGCUACCAAAAGAUGGGAAAGACACGAAAUCUCAAACUUUAAUUAUUUGCAGAUAGUGAACACGCUUGCGGGUCGCACGUAUAAUGACUUAACCCAGUAUCCGGUUUUUCCUUGGGUGAUUGCUGAUUAUACUAGUGAAGAACUCGAUUUAAGCAAUCCUAGGACUUUUAGAGACUUAUCGAAACCAAUGGGUGCACAAUACCCUCCCAGAGAAGCUCAGUUUAAAGAGCGUUACGAAUUAUUAUUAAGCUUAGGUGACCUGCAACAAAAGCCAUUUCACUAUGGUACUCAUUAUUCGUCUGCUAUGAUUGUCUGCUCCUAUUUGAUACGCUUAAGACCAUUUGUUGAUUCAUACCUCGCUCUACAAGGAGGACAAUUUGACCAUGCAGAUAGGUUAUUCUACUCAAUUGAGCAAACUUGGAAUUCUUCGUCUAAGGAAAAUAUGGCAGAUGUUAGAGAGUUAAUUCCUGAGUUCUUUUAUCUUAGCGAAAUGUUUGUCAACAGUAACGGCUUUGACUUUGGAGCAAGGCAGAAUGAAACAAAACCAAUAAGCGAUGUCAUUCUGCCACCAUGGGCAAAAGGUGAUCCAGCUAUUUUUGUCCAAAAAAAUCGUGAAGCUCUUGAAAGCAAGUACGUGAGUUCACACCUUCAUGAAUGGAUUGAUCUUGUGUUCGGUUAUAAGCAGCGGGGUGAUGAAGCAGUUGAAUCGACAAACGUUUUCCAUAAUCUUUCAUAUCAAGGAUCAAUCGACCUUGAAAAUAUCGAAAAUGAGUUUGAAUUGGCGGCUGCAGUGGGAAUUAUUCACAACUUUGGGCAAACUCCCAAGCAGGUUUUCAAAAAGCCACAUCCUCCUCGCGGGCCGGAUUUUACAGACACUCCUUUGGGCCCUUACUUAUUUGGCCGUUUUGAAAAUAACAUGGGAUUAUUAUUUCAAAGCGUUUCACCUAUAAUAAUAAUAUCGAAAAAAAUUGCUCAUAUCCUGUAUGACCCUACGAAAGAUACUCUUCGUGCCUUUUCUGCUGAUUGUGUCCCUUUGUCGUCUUAUUCCAAUUUAAUAUGGAAUGGUGUAAGUAGUGAUGUAGAAUUGGUAAUGGAGCAGACCGAUUCUAAAUUAGUUGUCUUUGAAGAGUUGCAUUCAGAUAAAAUCACACAUCUGUUAGUAUGUGAUGAAAGGACUUUUUUGACUGCAUCUUCUGAUUUAACCCUUCGUCUAUGGCAAUUAUCGGACUCGAAACCUGUACGAUUAUCUUCAAAAAAAGUUUUAUAUGGCCAUAGGGCAAAUAUUACUUCCGUAGCUGUUUGUAAAGCGUUCAGUAUCAUUGUUAGCGGUGAUGAAACUGGUCAUUUAAUGGUUUGGGACUUGAACCGUGCAGAAUUUGUCCGAUCAGUACGUGUCUUCAGGCAAUCGAUACAGACCAUAUCCGUCAAUGCAAGGAAUGGGGAAAUUGCUUUUUCAGCUGGUCAUUGCUGCUGUAUUAUAGAUAUAAACGGCAAAGUCCUUGUAAAGGAUACUCUUAGUCGAAUUUACAAUUCGAAUUUAAAUGAGGACAUAUGCUCUUCUUGCUUUUAUACUGGUGCAAAUUCAGAGUGGUUGAAUAAAGAUUUAUUUUUAACUGGCCACGAGGAUGGUAUUGUACGCAUUUGGGAAAAAAGGCUUGAGUCCAAAGUGAAGUUGGAAUCCAAUAACUUUUUUGAUAAGCCGAAAUGGCGUUUGCAUCUUAUUCGUCAACUUCAACACAAAAGUGGUUUUGGCCGUAACAAAAAGCCUACCCGCCAGACUAUUACGUGCAUUACAUGUAGCGGUCAAGCUCGUGGUAUAUUCAUUGGAGAUAAUCUUGGUCAAGUUCAUGCUUGGAUGUUACCGGAUACCACCUCCAACGUACAUGUUGAACGUGAUACGACAACUGAUCUUUGUUCUUUAUGCGAUACUCGAUUUUCUCUGAUGGAAUGGAGAAGCCAAUGUCGUGCAUGUGGAAAUUCCAAUGUAUGCAGCGAUUGCAUUUCUAUCUUGAAAAAUACUAAUAUUAAGACUUGCUAUGAAUGCCACAGACAAUUACCUUCAUGCUAUAAGGGAUGA